AUGCCGCAGACUCAGAUCUUGAAAAAUAAAGCAAGUGCGACAAACGAUCUUAAGUCUUUCUCUGCAUCAUCGGUUUGUGUAGAGUCCUUCGAUGAUAGCCAAUCAGAUGUAGGGGAUAGGUUGGUAACAGUUGAGAAUGACGUGCAGAAAGCGAGUUGCUCGGAGCCAAGUGAUUGUGAGCUGUGCCACUCUGAGUCAUGGGCAUCUGCUCUAAUAACUGAACUCGACCAUUUUAAGAAAGAGAAAUCCUUCGGAAAGAAUCUCAUGGUCUCUUCAGGAGAACUUGAUUUAAUGGAUGAUUUUCUGGAGAUGGAAAUGCUUGCAGCUUUACCAGAUGCAGAAAGUGGAAGCUGCAGCCAUGGAGUGGGGCCUGCUCUGGAUCAAAACAGAUCUGAUGAAGUCACUCUCAAAUCUGAGCUUGAAGCCAUGAUCAAUAGAAUGGCAGAGCUGCAGGAGGAAUUAGAGAAGAAGAAAGAAGAAAAGGAGAAGCUAGAGAUGGCUCUAAGUCAAUGGCAAAAGCAACUUGAAACGUCAUGGAGUCAGCUCAAUGAGGUUGAGAUGAGAUUGACAGAACUCAGCAACAUGUUGUCUGCAGCACAAAAAUCGAAGCAAGCUGCAGAGGAGGAAGCAAGGAUUACCCAUGAGAGGAUGGGAGUAACAAAGUGA